CGUCCUGUCAUUGAUUUAUUUAUAAAUAAUUCAAUUUAUUUGCUAACGAUUGUACGAGAAUUUAUUGAGCGUUCACUACUGAGAUUUAAAGUAAAUACGCCGCAAUUGUUGAUAAGAAACUCUAGAUAUUACGUGCAUAAUUUCUGAGAUAAUAUAUACGUUUCAACCUGUGUACGUGACUGUGUGAUUUUGUUUUGAAUUUGUGUCACUAGUGCUUAGUAAACCUAUUUACAAGUGAAUAAUUUUUAUUAUAAAUAUACUUCAAACUUAGUUUGUUUAAAACACUUGAGUAAAAGUGCCGAAAAUGUCGUCUCUAGGCUCCCAAUGGAAAGUAAUUAGACAUUAUCUUUCCAUGACCAAUUUGGGUCCAGAAGUAGAAAAAUUACUGCAAAAAGUGAAGCCUGCUACUGCAGAACAAUGGGACAAUUUAAUAAGGAGAUUUGAAAAAGCAGUCCAAAUAAGGCUGGCACAACCACAAGUCACGAAAGAGAAUGAAGCAAAAGAGACUCUAAAAGUAGACAGUCUCAAAUCCAGUACCACUGACAUAGAUAGUACUACCAACAUAGAAAAUCAAAAAGAGAAAGAAAAACUCGACAAACCUGAAGAAAAAAUCAGCCAGACAGGUUUAACAGUAGGAUCGGAAGUAAAAGAGAUUACGAUCGAAGGUUUCCUUCAAGGAUUGAAGUUGAAAAAGGAUCUCCAUUUUGGAAAGAUUUCGGAUCGAAGUUGGAAGUCUAAUAAGCCUAUUAUAAGCAAGACCUCGAUCCACUCUCGCACCGCCUACGUGAUAUCAGCAAUAGUAACGGCUGAGACUUCAGAGUGUUUGCUUAAAAGGACGGAGCAUCUAAUUGACCAUUUAAGGCAGUACCCAGAAGCGAGAGAUUACGCUAUUAAGGAAGGCGCAGUGAGAGCGCUAUUACGAGUACAACACAGACUUACGAAUGACGAAGAAACGCUCACGAAGGAAGUUAGCGGGAUUGUUAAAGAGGCUCUCGCGCUUAUGGGAUAUACGGCUCCAACAAAAGGUCCUGGGCCAAACAUCCUGGCAAUCGACGGCGGUGGCAUAAGAGGCAUAAUUGCCAUAGAGAUUUUGAGACACCUAGAACGGCUCACUGGCAGAAGAGUGCAGGACAUGUUCGACUAUAUUAUCGGCGUCAGUACUGGAGCCAUUAUUGCUGCUGUCAUUGGCAGUGGCGUGGGUAGCCUAGACACAGCGAACCAGAUGUACCACACUUUAUCGAAAAAAAUGUUUGGCAAUACGUCAGUUAUUGGAGGAACGUCUAGAUUAGUAUGGACGCAUUCAUACUACGACACGGACGCGUGGGAAAAACUAUUGCAGGAGAAUUUAAGGGAUUGCACCCUUGCUGAGUGCAAUAGAUACAACACGCCUAAGUUGGCGCUAGUAUCGUGUGUUGUGAACACAGGCUCUCGUUUGACUCCGUUUUUAUUCCGCUCAUACGAAUGCGGGUUCCGCGUCCGUUCUGUAUUUCCGGGAACCUCAAGCGCGAGGGUGUGGGAAGCGGUGAGGGCGUCCGCCGCUGCGCCUACUUACUUCAACGAAUUCAGACUUGAUGGACUAUUACAUCAGGACGGCGGUAUAAUGGUAAACAACCCAACUGGGGUAGGUUUACACGAAGCCAAAUUACUAUUCGGCCAUGACGCAGUGAAGAACGGCACUAUAGUGUCAGUCGGCACCGGGCAGGCGUUGAAUAAACACUUGGAUUACCAGCUGUUGGCCAAGGGAUUGGCUAAGGACACCUCGGGGACUAGUUGGAAGGACAAGUUUAAUAAGAUUUUGGACUCGGCUACGGAUACUGAAGGUACGCAUCUGAUUCUGAACGACCUGCUUCCGCCCGGCAACUACUUCCGCUUCAAUCCUCCUCUGAUGCAGCAGUGCGCUAUGGACGAAAUCAAUCCUGAGAAACUCAACAACCUCGUUACAGACACAAACGCCUACAUCCGCCGUAACCAACACAAAUUCGAGCAAGCGGCAAUUAUGUUGACGCGCAAACGCGGCGUCGCUCAACGCGUCCUUGACUACGUACAACACCGCAGUCAGCUAAUGGGCGUGGUUCUUAACAACUGACCGAGGGAAGAGCAGCGGGACUACGACACCUGCUGAUCCGGCUGUGGAGCCUUAAAAGUGCAAAAGUGAUGGUUAAAUUGUGUAUAAAUCAAACAAUUAGUAAUUCACCGGCUACCAGGAGCGCAUAACCGCGAAGACAUGAAAACUAAAAGACUAUACUAACGUUGAAUGCCAAUUGUAUACGUGCGAUUUUUAGUAAUUUACAGUGCCACCAAUUUAUCUGUAGCUCUACCAUAAAUUUAGAGUCGAUAGUCAUUAGGGACCUAGUAAAAUAUUUGUGUGGAAUAUUUGUACGGAAACAUUUAGUUUAUCUGGUACAGCGAGUGCAAUUUAACAUAAAAUAUAGACAAUAUUUUACUCAUUGAUUAGCAUCUACCAAUACCGAAAAGUAGAAAGAAAGGAAAUACAUUUAUUUGACUACCACAAAUAAGAACACACACGAAAAAAAAGAAACGAAACAGAGGCAAAAAGUAAAGAGAGUA